CUGACAGAAACAUUCAAAACGUCAAAACACAGUCAAAAACAAAAUUUCUGUUCAAUUCUACUUUUUCUUUGAAUAGAGUUUUUCUCAAUUGAUCGAAAAAUAUGUUGGCUUACUAUGUGGCAUCUGUACUUUUUGCCACCAGCCUGACUAUUGUCAUAUUUUUAUUCGUCACGUCGGGCAGUUUGAAACAGUUUAAGGAAACAUGGUCACAGAGGGCUCCGAGGAUUACCGAGCUGCCCAUCAUAACACCCACUGGACAAAUCGUGAAUUCUGUUGAGGAUCUGGAUAUGCAGUUGGAAUUUUUGGAGAAUCAGUUGGAGGAGAAAGAGAAAGAACUUGAAGAAUCAAAGACAAAACAGUUGGCAACUUGUGAAAAACUGGACAAGUUGACAGAUACAACCAACCAGAUCAAGAAAUAUUAUAUCAAGCUCAAAUCGGAAAUCUACAAAUCGGAAUCAGAAAUCAACGAACUGAGACAUCAGAUAGAAGAUUACAAGAAACGCCAAGUUCGUUUAAGGGAAGAAGUAAACGAGAACGUCAAAUAUUAUACAGGGAUGCUCAAUAAUAUCGAAGGAAACGUUGGAAACGAUGGAUACGAGUUUGUUAAAAAAGCCAUUUUAGCAGACGAAAAGGUACUGUAAAUGGUCUGUGGCACCAGCAAAAAGA